AUGGAGGGAUUCGCCGUGUUUCUCCGUGGGCUGUGGUUUAACUGGUCUGCAGUUCCUCUCCGCUCCGGCAGGGGGCGGUACUGCGCCUUUAAGCUUCCAGGCGCCACUCAAACCAGAGGAAGAAGAAGCUGGAAACAAACAGGAGAAGCUGGGAGUUAGCACUAGCAUUAGCACCGGGAUUAGCUGCGCUGUUAGCCCAGAUUCUACGUCUGUAGCGUCACUGCUUCGGUGUGAUGCUGGAGACAUGUCCACAUCCCAACAUGGAGACGCAUCCCCGCGUGGAGACACGUCCCUGCAGGUGAUGCUGCAGCAGAGGAUUGGCGCCGCCCAGGUGUUGCUGCAGAGGGCGGAGCUUCUGCGUGGGGGGGUGGAGGGUCACCUGAAGCUCUGUGGUAAACUCAGAGCAGAGCUUCGGUUCCUGAGGAGGGUGGAGGCCGGAGAGCUGCAGGUCAAAGAGUCUCACCUGCACAGCACCAACCUGACGCACCUGAGCGCCAUCGUAGACUCCGCCCACAGCCUGGAGGACGUGGUGGCCCUGCUGCACGUCUUCACCUACCGGGACGCCACGGGACGGCGGCGGACGCUGGUGGUGGACGUGGUGGCCAACGGGGGACACACCUGGGUGAAGGCGGUGGGCAGGAAGGCGGAGGCUCUGCACAACAUCUGGCAGGGGCGGGGCCAAUACGGCGACAAGAGCGUCAUCCGCCAGGCCGAGGAGUUCCUAUUGGCCAGCCGCCAGCAGCCCGUCCUCUACCAGCACCCCCACGUCGUCUUCGCCUUCUACAACGGCGUCUCCUGCCCCAUGGCCGACCGCCUCCGGGACAUGGGCGUCUCUGUCCGAGGGGACAUCGUGGCCGUCAACGCCGUUUUGACCGAGGAGGAGGAGGAGGAAGAGGAAGAGGAGGAGGAGGAGGAAGAGGAGGAGGAGGAGGAGGAGGAGGAGGAGGAGGACAAAAAGGAGGACGAGGACACAGAGGACACAGAGGACAAAGAGGAGGAGGAGGAGGAGGGCGGGGAGGCGUCGGCGCUGACCCGGGUGGACCGCAGCAUGGUGGUGGAGCGCCUGGCGUUCCCAGUGCAGGUCCCGGUGGAGGAGUGUCACCGGGUCAACCUGGACAUCACCACCCUCAUCACCUACGUGUCGUCUCUGAGCCACGGCCGCUGCCACCUCCGGUUCCGGGAGCCCGUGCUGACGGAGCAGGCGGCCCAGGAGCGCCGGGCCCAGGUGCUGCCCCAGCUGGACGCCUUCAUGGCGGGGAAGCAGCUGUUCGCCUGCCGCGCUGCCGUCCACGACUUCCAGCUGAUCCUGGACACGCUGGGCGGCCCGGCGGAGAAGGAGCGCGCUCAGAAGCUGCUGGCCCGCCUCCACCUGGUGGACGAUCAGCCGUCGCCGCGGACGCUCGGCCUCACGCCCAGCGCCAAAGUCAACCAUCGCUCGCUCAUGAUCUUCGGCACCGGGGACUCGCUGAGGGCCGUUACCAUGACGGCCAACAGCCGCUUCAUCAGGGCGGCGGCCAAUCAGGGCGUCCGAUACAGCGUGUUCAUCCACCAACCCAGAGCACUGACCGAGGGCAAGGAGUGGAGGGCCACGCCCAUCUAGUCGGGCCACGCCCAUCACCAGAGAGACCACGCCCAUCACCAGAGAGACCACGCCCAUCACCAGAGAGACCACGCCCAUCCAAACUAGGGCCCACACUGAGUGCACGACUGAGUUCUAACGUUGAUCUGUUUGAAUCUCCAUCAGCUGACAGCUGUGUUUAUAUGUUAUUUUUGAGAAUCUAUGAACAAAGGUCAAUAAAGACACUCAGUCACUUCCUGGUG